CUUGAAGGAAAAGCCCGUCUCUUCCGGUUACAGCCCCUGGUAUCCGCGGUUAGCUUGACGCGACUCUGGGGCCUGCUGUGUUUUCAACGGAGGGAGAGCUGAGAAGAAAAAUGGCGUCUGCAGGCGACCCAGAGCGGGAUACCGGCCAUUCAGUUUGAGCUUUCCGCCCUGAAAUUGAGACCGGGGCUUGGUGGGGACUUAUCGGGAACCGUCAACAAACCUGUUGGUUUUGUUCUCCCCCGCUUUUCCCCGGUGUGCGCGGCUCACUCCAGCACCGAGAUUGAAGCGGAACAGCAGAGACUCUCUCCUACAAUGAGGGGGAGAAGAGGAAGGCCGCCCAAACAAGCAGCCGUGAUGCGGGAAGGUUCGCCUGGGCCAGUCCGCGGCUCUCGGGGCGGCAGGAGUAGAGGGAUGCGGGGACGGGGGAGAGGAAGAGGACGGGGUCGGGGACGGGGAGAAAGUGGCGGCGUUUGCGGCACUGGCUCUGCGGAGGUGGACACAGAUAUCUCCGGCCGAGAGAACUUUCAUUCGUCCCGGGGCCGCAGGAAAGUUGGAGCCUCCACCACGGUGGCGGCCGCGGCAUCGCGGGGCAGAGGAGGCAGAGGGAGAGGCAGGGGGUCGAGAGGCAGCCGCGGCAGCAGAGGCGGAGUGAGGCGGCCUCAAACCAAGGUGGUCUACGACGAUAACAGCGACGAGGAGGAUGAUAAUUUAAGCUACAGGUCAGACGAAGAUGAACUCCUGAACGACAACCCUUCGUCGGAUCUUGAAGAAGAGGAGGCCUUGGGGAACGAAUCUGACUAUCUGGAGGAACUACCAGAUGAUGAUGAUGCCAGCUACUGUACCGAGAGUAGUUUAAGGAGCCACAGCACGCUCGGUAGCACCCCAGGCCGUAAAAGGAGUCGGGCAAUGCGACCGCGGUCUCCCAUCCUUGAAGCAAAGGACAUUCCUCCCCUGGAACUUCCCAAGUCUUCUGAGGACCUCCUGGUUCCUACCUCACAGCUCCUCAAUGUGUCUGCCGUCUACGAAGUCCUCCGCAACUUUGGCUCGGUGCUGCGGCUAUCCCCAUUCCGCUUUGAGGAUUUCUGUGCAGCGGUUGCCAGUCAGGAGCAGUGCACACUGCUGGCAGAGACCCACAUCGCCCUGCUCAAAGCUAUUCUUAGAGAGGAGGACACUUCCAACACCACAUUUGGUCCCACUGAUGUGAAGGACUCCGUUAACUCUACCCUGUAUUUUGUGGAUGGUAUGACCUGGCCGGAGGUGGUGCGGGCGUACUGUGAGAGUGACCCGGAGUACCGACAUAUUCUGCCUCUCCAGGAGAGUGAGGAUUACCCAUAUGAACCGUUGGAGAGCAAAAUCAAAGUUCUCCAGUUUUUGGUGGACCAGUUCCUGGCGACCAACAUUGCACGGGAGGAGCUAAUGUCGGAAGGGGUGGUUGCCUACGAUGACCACUGCAGGGUGUGUCACCGCCUUGGUGACCUGCUGUGCUGUGAGACAUGUUCAGCCGUUUACCAUCUGGAGUGUGUGAAGCCUCCACUGCAGGAAGUGCCGGAGGACGAGUGGCAGUGUGAGGUGUGUGUGGCACACAAGGUACCCGGUGUGGCCGACUGCAUCCCAGAAGCGCAGAGGAGCAGACCAUUUAUUCGACAACUGCCAGUCGGCUAUGACCGACACCACCGCAAAUACUGGUUCCUUGAUCGCCGCAUUGUUGUUGAGGAGGAUGGUGAGCAUGAGGACAAAGCCAUCUGGUACUACAGCACCAAGGUCCAGUUAGCAGAGCUCAUAGAUUGUUUGGAUAAGAACUACUGGGAAGCCGACCUGUAUUCAGCGCUUGAGGAGAUAAGAGACGAGGUGCACGCACAUAUGGACAUCACCGAGGACCUAACCAACAAAGCCCGUGGCAGCAACAAGUGUUUCCUCACCGCAGCCAAUGAGGAGAUCCUGGAGCGCUUACGGGCUAAGAAAGAGGAGGAACUGGAGGAGGUGAAGAGGCGGGCUGCUGAGGAGGCCCAGAAAGCCCGGCUGGAGAAGGAGAAGAAGGAGGUGGAUGUGGAGAAGGAAGAUGAAGAGGCCAGGUUGAAGGAUGAGGGGCAGCAGGAGGGCAAGGUCAAAGCUCUGACAAAGGAGGAGGAGGAGACAAAAGAAGAGGCAACGGAAGAGAAAAGUAAUUCCAUCAGACCUGGAGUUGUUGAAGCUCCACCCACUGGCCAAGAAGGCAGUAGUGGCAGUAGCAUCUCAGACGGACCUAUACUUCCAGCAGCCUCUGCUCCAACACAAACCAUCCCCUCCGCCGUGACCUAUAGCCUGGCCACUGAGGCUCCAAAGCCCCCGGCCUCCACUGUAGAGGCUCUGAUAGAGGAAUGUUCCCAUAUGGAGGUCUCUAACAACACUAAAGCGGAAAACCCAUCAUCAGAUUCUGUCCCUGUCAGUGGAGAUGGCAUCCCCAGCCUGAGCCAGCCCCCCCAGACCAGUGAGGAGAACAGUAACAGCAGCAUGGGAGCUGGGGUCCCUCCCAGAGGUCCUGAACCUCCGGACCUGGCUGACAAGUCCUCCCAGUCAUCCCUGGCCAGCUUUGAUGACACAGGGGACGGUAAAGACUCCAGUGGUGAGACGACAGGUCUCGGCGGUAAGAAGUCUUCAGCGACUCGCAUGGUGACCCGGCUGAGGAACCCAGAGAGCAAGCUUAGCCAGCUGAAGAACCAACAGGUGGCUGCUGCUGUUCACGAAGCCAACAAAGUCUUCAAAGAGGGCAAAGAGGUACUAGUAGUGAAUGCACAGGGUGACAUUACCCGUGUCAGCACACGCAGCAGCAAGGACGUGGUGAUGAAGGCGACACUGAGCCAAUACUUCAAGCUUGGCCAGGAGGGGAAAUACCGCGUCUAUCACAACCAGUACAGCUCCAAUGCAGUGGCCCUCAACAAGCACCAGCACAGAGAGGACCAUGACAAGAGGCGGCAUCUCUCCCACAAGUUCUGCAUGACACCAGCGGGAGAAUUUAAGUGGAAUGGGUCUAUUUAUGGCUCUAAGGUUCUGACCAUCUCCACAUUGAGACUCACCAUCAUCCAGCUGGAGAACAAUGUCCCAGCACCUUUCAUGCACCCUAACUGGGCCUCACACAGGACCAAUUGGAUCAAAGCAGUUCAGAUGUGCAGUAAGGCCAGAGAGUUUGCGCUGGCUCUGGCCAUCCUGGAGUGUGCCAUCAAACCUGUGGCUAUGCUGCCUGUCUGGAAGGACUCACUGGGCCAUACCAGGUUGAACCGCAUGACAUCCAUGGAGCGCGAGGAGAAAGAGAAAGUGAAGAAGAGGGAGAAAAAGCUGGAGGAUGAAGAGACAAUGCAACAGGCCACCUGGGUCAAGUAUACUUUUCCAAUUAAACACCAGGUGUGGAAGCAGAAAGGAGAGGAGUAUCGUGUUACGGGCUAUGGGGGCUGGAGUUGGAUCAGUAAGACUUACGUGCAGCGGUUUGUCCCCAGGCUUCCCGGCAACACCAAUGCCAACUACCGCAAAGAACUGGAAGAUGCUAAACUUGGAAAGAAAUGUACCCUGCUGGACUUGAGUCGACGGCCCAGUGUAGCUGAACCGGAGGCUCGGGGAGCUGCUGUCAUGAGUGAGGCAAAAGAUCAAGACUCACCUAGCCUCUCGAAGCCUGCAACAGAUCAUAUGAUGCCUGUUGACGAUUUGGAGUCUAAUGAGAGGAUGGAAGAGGAAAAGAAAGAAGGGCUGGAUGAAAAAGAAAAGUCUGAGGAACUGUCAUUAGAUGAAUCACCUGCAAAGAUGGAGUUGGACCCCACAGACUCACGAUCAGAUGAAGAGCAAAGGUCCAGUAGUCAGGAGGAGAAGGCUUCCAUGAAAGAGGAACCUACAGAGGACCCUACACGACCCUUUAACUACGAUGUGGUGGAUGUCAGCAAGGGCUUCCUCAGCCGCAUAGCCUACAAGAAGAAGGUCAAAUCCUCCAAGCUGGACAGCCUGCUAGAGCGACGAGUGAAGCAGCACAUCAUUGAAGAGAGGCAGAGGCAGCAGGUGUCUGCCUCCAAACCUCAGGCUCCAACGCCAGUUUCAUCCACUUCAACCCACGCCUUGAGCACUCCAGUCCGGCCACGGUCACCACUCAAGCCACAUACUCUCACUCAGACACAGCUCGCACUGGGCGAAGCUGUGAAAGUUGAGGAGAAAUCUUCCAUAACAAAAACUCCAGGACCAGGAGAAGAUGGAGGACGAGAAGUUGGAGGGAGUCGGGAUGAACUCUCUAAGACUAUUAAUGUCACUCCUCCUCUUCCUUCUCCGGAGUCCACUCCCAAAGACAGUUGCAGUACAGGUAAAGGUGAAGAUUCAGCAUCACCACAAAACCAAACCACCUCCAUGUCCCAGGAAUUGGAGGCAGACUUAGUGGAAAGGACUACGGGGCCAAAAGAAACUAAGCCAGACAAUUCAGGGCAAGAGGGUGUCAAACUGCCUAAUGUACAAGUUACAAUAGCAGGGGGAAAUCAUAGCUCGUUAGAGCAACAAACAGCCAGUGUACCAUCAGAUGUUACCAUGGCUGCACGUAUUGAAAAUACAGGGUCAGAGGUACCCAACUUGAAAUUGGACUCUGUAAGGACAUCUGCAAGUGUUCUUGACCAAAAAAGCAGUCAAAACACACCUCCUUCUAAACAUAUUCAGCAAACCCCAGAAAAUGUAAACUCGGUGCAUUCAGGUACAGAGGAAAAUGGCAUGGGGCCAGAGGAGGACCAAGAAAAUAUGCAAGGCAUUGAACAAGGUAGAACCGAAGGCGAUGGCACUACAGAGCCCGUUUCACCACUCCCUCAGGUAAAUGGUAAUGUUAGAUUGGGGAGUGAAAGCUUGUUGAGUAACUCUGUAAUGAGCUCAAAUAAUGGCUUGCUUACCAACAGUCUGCAGCCCAAGGUGAACAGCAUUGGUAAAGCUGAAGAACAAGGGCUGAUUGACUCAUUGAAGGACAGCACACAGCAAAAGCCUUUAGUGAACGGAGAUUUGGCCCCUAAAUCUGGUAUUACAGAAGUCGGGGCCAAGCAAACAAGCCUAGCUUCUAAGGUAGAGAGCAACACAACGAUAUCGGACCAGGACUACAAACCUCCACUGAAGAUUAUGAGGCUGGAUAACAACAUAGAUACACUUGGAGCUAUUACUCAGAGCACGCUACAGCAUAACAGCAUGUCACCAUUUCAGCCUGCAGAGACCAAACCUAGUCCUGUGGUCAAGAUCAUCAGGAUGGCACCAUCUCCUAUACCUUCAGCGGAGGAGUCAAGUCUGAGCGACGACUUUGCAGAAGAGAAUAGUAACAGUGGGACGACAGACCCACUCAAGACCAUCAUCACCCAGGUAACCACAACCUCCACAACCACCAUGACAGUAGUUUCCACAGAGAUGACAAUGGCCAAGUUGCCAUCGCAUACAUGUAGAGACAUUACACUGCCCGUGGUGUCUACAACAGAAAGCAGUGCAGUGUCCACCCUUACUACCAUGACCAAAACAAUUGUGACCAAAAUCUGUUCCUCUGGACUGGAUGGGCAGUCAGAGGACAGCCAGAGUGAAAUAGUGACUCAAAAGACUGCACUCUCAGCCUCCAUCAGAAAGUCAACAACUGACACUAGUGGUGAAACCUCAGUAUCAUCUGUUGCUGUGCACCAAGAGGACUAUUCAUCAACAAAGGGCCGCGUCCGACUCCUGAAGUUCUCCCGCACCAAGAAGACACGCUCAGACACUGCCCUUCCUUCUUACCGCAAGUUUGUCACCAAGAGCAACCGCAAGAGUAUUUUUGUACUGCCACACGACGACAUGAAGGUGCUGGGGAGGCGAGGGGGAUUUCGGGAGGUGCCCAUAUUUAGCUACAAUGCCAAGCCAGCAUCGGAUAUCUGGCCAUACCCUUCACCCAGGCCCACUUUUGGCAUCACCUGGAGGUAUCGCCUGCAGACUGUGAAGUCUCUGGCUGGUGUGAGCCUGAUGCUGAGGCUCCUGUGGGCGUGUCUGAGAUGGGAUGACAUGGCCGUCAAACCAUCCGCUGCUGUCGGCACCACACGUACAGAGACAUCAGAGACUGAAAUCACCACCACAGAGAUCAUCAAGCGCCGUGACGUGGGACCCUAUGGCAUUCGCUCUGAAUACUGCAUACGCAAAAUCAUCUGCCCCCUUGGAGUGCCUGAGACUCCGAAAGAAACCCACACCCCUCAGAGGAAGGGGCUGCGCUCAAGUGCCUUGCGCCCCAAGAAGCCUGAGCCCGCCAAGCAGACGGGCCCAGUUGUGAUCGAAACCUGGGUGGCUGAGGAGGAGCUGGACCUCUGGGAGAUCAGAGCCUUCUCAGAAAGGGUGGAGAAAGAGAAAGCUCAGGCAGCAGAACAGGCCAAGAAACGUUUGGAGCAGAAACCAGGUUCAGUCACAGCCACCUCAACGGGGAGUCCUGCAACACCUGUCGCCACACCCAAAGUAAUCGUAGGUUCACUGUCAGGCCAGGGCACCCCAAACACCAAGGUGGUACUGUCCACCAAGAUGGGCACCCCAGUCACAUUCCAGCAGAACAAGAACUUCCAGCAGUCGUUCGCCACCUGGGUCAAACAGGGUCAAAGCACACAAGGAGCGGGCACGGAGACCACCAUGGCUACGUCUGGUGGGCACACCUUCCAGAUUACGGGAACCUCAGUGGGUGGAAAGGUAGUGACCACCAAGCUGCCGCUGCCCGCUAACAGCAAGAUCGUCACAGUUAACGUACCAACUUCACAAGGAGGUGUGGUUCAGCAGAAAGUGUUGGGUAUCAUCCCAUCCAGCACAGCAGGCGGUGCUCAGACCUACACCACAUUCCAGCCCCGCACUACUACACUCAACAUCAGGCCCAAUACCCCAGGUUCCCAGCAACAGGUUCUGGCAGCUGGUGGUCAGAUCCGUCCGGGAAUGACAGUGAUCCGAACACCGAUCCAGCAGACAGGACCAAUGGGAAAGACAAUACUCCGAACACCCCUCGUGGUCCAGCAAGGUCAAGGUGGACAGCAAGUAGUGACACAGAUCAUUCGUGGCCAGGCAGUUUCAACGGCAAUAUCUGGGGCCAGCCCUGUUGCCACCGUCACUGGCCAGGGGUCUGCCAGCCCUACCUCAGCAGGACAGGCAGCGGGCCAAACACCACCUGGCACCCCACGGGCGCAGGGGCAAGGCCAGGUUAAACUCACCUUGGCACAGCUCACCCAACUCACACAGAAGCAGCAAGCUGGGUCAGGUGUGGAUCGGCAGGCUGGUGUCACCAGUACCCAACAGGCUCUUACGGUGAUGGUUCAGGGCCAGGGCCAGACCACCGGUCAGCUGCAGGUCAUACCCCAAGGGGUCACGGUCAUCCCAGGGCCUGGUCAGCAGCUCAUGCAGGCAGCACUGCCCAACGGCCAGGUGCAGCGCUUCCUCUUCACCCCCUUGGCCUCAGCUGCAACCCCCACAUCAAGUGCAGCCACCACUGUUCCUGUCCAGCCUAACUCCACCUCCACCAAAACCCCAGCCCAGCCCGCCCAGCAGGCUGCCGCCCCGGUCCAGGCAGGGGCAGCCCCCUUGGCCACCACCAGCACCCCUUCCACGGCAACCCCACAGGGCCAGUUACCCCCUCAGAUGCAGGCUCACAUGCCAAUUCAGUCUCCCACAUCGCUGCAGAUGAAAACGCAGGGAGGAACUGCCCAGCUGCAGCUGCAGCAGACGCCCCAGCUCAUCAGCAUGUCUGGAUUGCAGCAGCAGGUACAGGUGUUGGCCCAGCUGCAGGCCCAGCAGGGUGGAGGCUCUCUGCCACAACACAUCAAACUGCAGCUUCCUAUCCAGAUCCAACAGACCGGGACCACCUCAGCUCAGGGAGGACAGAUUGGGAACGUAGUGACCAUCCAGGCAGCUUCUGUCCAGGAGCAGCUGCAGAGAAUCCAGCAGCUCAGAGAACAGCAGCAGCAGAAGAAGAGACAAGCCGCAGAGGCCAAGAGAGAACAAGCCCUCAACGCAGCCAGCCAGAGCGACAUCAUUCAGAAACAGGUGGUGAUGAAGCAAAACGCUGUAAUCGAGCACCUGAAGCAGAAGAAGACCAUGACGCCUGCAGAGAGAGAAGAGAAUCAGAGGAUGAUCGUAUGCAACCAGGUGAUGAAGUACAUCCUGGACCGGAUAGACAAGGAUGAGAGGCAGGCGGCCAAGAGGAGGAAGAAGGAAGAGGUGGUGGAGGCCAAGAAGAGGUUGGCCAACGCCAGCAAGCUCUCCUCGCUCCUUUACCGGCACAAAGAGAGCCUCAAGAUGGAGAUCCUGAAAAAGCGGGCGCUUCUCGACAAGGAGCUGCAGCUAGAGGCCCAGGAAGAGCUAAAAAGGGAUCUGCUGCGGAUGCGGAGAGAGAAGGAGAGGGCUCAGGCCGCAGCCCACCAGGCCGCCCAGGCCGCCGCCGCAGCCGCUGCCCACAACAAGCAGCAACAUACACUGGCACACACGCAUGGCAUCACCUCUCAACAUCACCUCACCGCAACCGUCACCUCCACACACAAGAGGAAACGGGAGGAGGAGAGGGAGACCGUGACGCCAACCAAGUCCAAGAAGAAGAAGAUGAUCUCGACGACGAGCACCAAGGAGAGCAAGAAGGACACCAAGCUCUACUGCGUCUGCAAGACGCCCUAUGACGAGACCAAGUUCUACAUUGGCUGCGACCUAUGUACCAACUGGUAUCACGGAGACUGCGUGGGCAUCACAGAGAAGGAGGCGAAGAAGAUGGACGACUACAUCUGUAUGGAGUGUAAACGGGGCCAGGAGAGCAGCACAGAAGAGCUGUACUGCAUCUGUCAGACACCAUACGACGAGUCCCAGUUCUACAUCGGCUGUGACCGGUGCCAGAACUGGUACCACGGUCGCUGCGUGGGCAUCCUGCAGAGCGAGGCCAACCACAUUGACGAAUAUGUGUGCCCACAAUGUCAGUCAACAGAGGAUGCCAUGACGGUCUUCACGCCGCUCACUGACAAGGACUACGAGGGUCUGCGGAGAACUCUGCGUUCCUUACAGGCACAUAAAAUGGCAUGGCCGUUCCUGGAGCCUGUGGACACAAAUGACGCCCCAGACUACUACAGGGUUAUCAAGGAACCAAUGGACCUUUCCACCAUGGAGGAGAGGUUACAGAAGCGUGAGUACGUCAAGCUGACGGAGUUUGUAGCGGACAUGACCAAAAUCUUCGACAACUGCCGCUACUACAACCCCAGUGACUCGCCCUUCUACCAGUGUGCCGAGGUUCUGGAAAACUUCUUUGUCCAGAAACUCAAAGGCUUCAAAGCCAGCAGGUCUCAUAACAACAAACUACAAUCAGCAGCCUCUUAGCUCCCUCCUAAAGUCCAAGUGUCAAAAAGACAAGCCUUGUGGUUUCCUCUGAAUGAUUAAACCUCACGGUCCAAGUCAGCUCGCACUGUUGUGAAAGCGCCCCAACCUCCAACACCUCCAUUGCAGUGCUAAGGGGAGAGAAAAUCCCCUUUUCAUCCAAAGUGUCAAUGGCAGAGAAGUCUCACCUUCAGACCAUGGGAACGGCAGCCACAGACUCUGUUUGGCAGCCUGUUUCACCCCCCACCCCACCCGUGCAUCUCAUCCAUGAGAAGAGAGAUUCACGCAGAUAAAGUUGAUAAGUCGUCUGGUUGGAUGUGCAGUUGGCAGUCUGAUCUCAUGGCAGCAGCAGGCUCUUAAAGAGCUGUGUUCAUUCUGUAGCUGAUCACUAUAUAGUAGUGUGGCCUCUAUAGCAAAGUGCCAGCUUCCCACCCACAGCAUACAACUUUAAUUUCAUCACGUCACAUUUUUAUGACGCAAACAUCCCAUAAAAGCCUAGUCCCUGCAUCAGAUGGAAACAUUCAUAUGGUCAAAAGGAGAACUGAAAUGCCUGGUUUCUGCUUCAUGUGUGGCUAAUAGCAGAAGAUGCAGGCAUCACAUCUAUGUACAGUACCUUGAGAGUUUAUUCUUGUCAUAUUUAACGACUAUGCCUGAAAGCAGCAUUUUACUGCUCUUUGUCUCCCGCCAGGAAAAUAAAAACAUUGAAACCAAUCAGCUUUCAGAUCCACUUUGUUCAGCCAAUGUCAGGCGCAGAGUCACCUUCCAUGUUUCACAUCUAACUCCACAGCACCCAGUUAUUUUGACUAUACCCUCAGGUGUGUAGCCCUGCACGAAGCAUGAACCAGCCUCAUAAAACCCACUUGGUGGCACAUCAGGUCCAAAUGUGUCUGCGAUGUGGUUCAUUUCACUGUACCUUCCCUAUCACCUGAUGCAGAGAUGCUCCAUUUGUGAUGGGCGCUAGAUUUCACAAAUAUAGUCUGAUAAUAUAGACAGUUCGAUUAACACCGAAACAUCGUACGGGUGUAUACUGCCGUCACUCAAGUAAUUCAAGGGGUCUUCAUUUUGUCGGAGAGCUGUGUUGCUUUCAUGUUGAUUUCCAGAGGGGAAACACCCAGGACAGGCCAUCCCACACACCACAUCCUGCUCCUCUUCUGACCUUUUCUCCGUUUUGUGUUAUUCUGAAAUGUUAUCCAAGAAUGUUAACUGGCUCUGUGCUCCUUUUAAACUUUUUUUAUUUUAAAGGAAGUCAAUCACAAGAAGCGAGGAAACAAGACUGUUAGGCCUUCAGGGAAGGUGAAACCUGUGGCGUACCUAACCCCCAUGUACUGUCCCUCCCUCCAUGCACGCACUGUCUUGUCAAAGCUCUGUUUCUGUUGAUGGCUGAGUCUGUGAGUCUCUCUCCCCCUUAUCUAUCAGCCACUUCUUCCAGCAUACUUCAUUGAAGUUGACAGGUUGGCUCACAUAUGUCUCUCAACUCACCCUCAAAGCAUGGUUAAGUAAUUGGAUAAUGGACUUUUCCGCUCAGCAUCAACUCAGUUAUGUUGCGGUCUGCGGCAGCAUGUCUGAGAGUAUACUUUGAGUGGGGACUGGGGAGUCUUUGUGUCAUGGGGUUUGUAUGAAUAUUUUAUAGUGGCAUUUUUAGCAUAUUUGGGAACAUUUUUAUAAUCCGUUAUCAGUUUUUGUAGGAGGGGAGCAGUCAUAAGAUGAAUAUGAUUGUCUUUAAGUUGUCAAAAACUGUUUAAACUAAGCAAAUGUUUCAGUUUCAAUCAUAACGUUUUUUUUUUAUUUACUGUGUGUACAAGCAGAGUUGAGAGAUAAUGUAGCUUCUGUCUUCUUUUCUGUGUUUGUGUGUCUUUCACACAAAUGUCGGUCACUUUGUAAUCUGAUGAUGAUGAUGAUGAUGUUUCAUCCACUGUUUAUAAUCUCUAUUGUAUAUUAUGGCUGUCCAAAUAUGUAGAGAGAAAAGAUUUAUAGAGCAGUAGAAACUUUUAUUUUUCACUCUUUGAACCAGCAACUAAGCCCGCCUGUAUAUUUUAACUGUCUAUUUUUUUGUCUUUAGUUGAAGAUUUAGGUGAAAUUGCCCUUUAUAUUAAAAGUGCUGCAUAUUGUGAGCAUACAGGUGUUGAAUCGGGUAGAGUGACAGUUAACUCUUGUAAAGAGAUUUUCUUUUCUUUUUUGUAAGAAACCAACCAGUUCAACAUAACUUCUAUAUUGACAUUGCAUUUCUUGUAUUAUUUAUUCAUAUCAAACGAAAAGUUUUCAGUUUUUUUAGUAAUGUUGAAGAAACGUUAACUGCAGGAAAAAAAAAAGAACUCUAUGUUUUUAACAGAUUGUGGCAACUCCGAAGAGAUUCUCUUUUGUACUUGAUAGGACAUUUCAUCCUAGGUAAUAAAGUAAUGUUUUUGACACCA